AUGUCUCAAAACACAGGCACAACGAGUACUUAUAAUAUUGAAUUGAACAAAGAAAUUCUUAAAUUAACAUUAUCUCUAUACAAUAUUCCUGGAAUUCCUCGUAAUGGAGUACAAACUAUCUUAAACACUGUCAGUGGCUUUAUUGACGAAUCGUUCAUUCCAUUUUUAAUGCAAGAAAUUGAAUCUACUCCGAAUGUUGAACAUCGAUCUUUGCUCAAAGAUGUACAAGCAACGUUGGAAAAAAAUAAAAAACAUUUUGAAUUUGUAUCAACUGAACAUAGAAGAUUUAAACUGUUUGAACAAACUGGAUUUUUUUUUUUACCACAAGAUUAUCUUAUUGGUAGCAGUUCUAUUGAAAAAACUCAAGGAGGUUUAAUAAUUACAGAGGCGGAUGAUGUGUACGCUGUUUAUGUUUCUCUUAAAAAUACGUUAAAGUUGUUUUUUGAAUUACCAGGAUUGUUUAAUGAAGUCAGAAAUUAUGUAGAUCAUUUAAAAAAAAAUGAAAAUGUACUAUCCAAUUUUAUACAAGGAAAUCUUUGGAAAACGAUGAUAUCAUCUAAUGACACUAGGAUAGUAUUCCCAUUAUUUUUAUUCUUUGAUGACUUUGAAUGUGGAAAUGCAUUAGGUAGUCAUUCUGGUAUAAAUAAGCUAGGAGCUAUUUAUGCAUUAGUACCGUGCCUUCCACCACAUAUGGUUUCCCAAUUAUCAAGUAUACUGUUAGUUUCAUUAUUUUAUAGUUCAGACAGAAAGAUUUUUGGAAACGAAAGUAUUUGUAAAUUGUUAAUUAAGGAGCUGAAUGAUUUGAAAGAAAACGGAAUAAAAAUUAAUGUCGCUAAUGUCGAAUAUUGUAUAUAUUUUGAGUGUGGUUUGAUCCUUGGUGAUAAUUUGGGAUUAAAUUCUAUUUUUGGAUUCGUAGAAAGUUUUUCUGCAAAUUAUUCGUGCCGUAUAUGUUCAGCUCAUAAGAUAGAUUCAAGAAAAAUGAUUGUAGAAGAUAAAAAUUUACUGCGAACGAUUAACAGUUACAAUGUUGAUUUGGCAAAAAAUAAUUAUAUGUUGAGUGGGAUAAAGGAAUCAUGUGUAUUUCACGAAAUUGAUGGAUUUCAUAUUGCAACACACCAAUCAGUAGACAUUAUGCACGAUAUUUUUGAAGGCUCUGCGAAUUAUUCUAUAACAGCUAUUCUCAAUCAUUUAAUUUACAAAGAUAAUUUGUUUACGUUAAAUGUUUUAAAUAGUCGAAUACAAACAUUUAAUUACGGCGCUCUAGAAAGAUCGAAUAAGCCUUUACCAAUUUCUGCAACAUACAUGAAGACUAACCAAACUCUAAAAAUGUCAGCAGCUGAAAUGGCUUGUUUUUCACGAUACCUUGGUCUCAUGAUUGGAGAUUUAGUUCCACGGACUAACGAGGUUUGGAAAUUGUACUUAAUAUUACGCGAAAUAAUUGACUUGAUAACUGCACCACAGAUAUUACCUAGUUAUGCAAUAUUACUGGAAAACAAAAUUUCAGAACACCACUCAUUAUUUAUGAAAUUUUUUGGACAUUUAAAACCGAAGCUCCAUAAUAUGGUUCAUUAUCCUCGACUUUUAUUACAAAAUGGGCCUUUUAUUCAUCAUUGGUCAAUGAGAUUUGAAUCAAAAAAUAGAGAAAUGAGACAAUGUGCUGUUUCGACAAGUUGUAAAAAGAAUUUACUUAAGACGAUAUCUAUUAAACAUCAAUUACAACUUUGUCAUGCAUCUUAUUGCUUCGAUUCACUUAAAAAUAAAAUCACCUGUGGACCCACCCAACUUUGUGCAGAUUAUGAAGUUGCUUAUUUUGAUAAUGUUCCUCGCGAAAGAAUAAAAUCUUAUAAAUAUGUACAUGUGCAUGGAAAAAAAUUAACGUUUGGAUCCAUUAUUUUAAGACACAUUGACGAUGAUGGUCCGGUAUUUGGGAAAAUUGCGGGUUUAUAUAAAGUUAACAACACCUUAUACAUAGUUAUGUAUUCUAUAAAAACAAUCGCAUUUGAUAAACAUUAUCAUGCAUAUUUAGUUCAUGCAAAUAAUACUGCCGAUACAUAUAUAAGAGUAGACACUUUAUCUAACAUUGUAUUAGGCUUGUUAGUUAAAAAAUAUGAUCAAUGGUUUAUAGCAACUAGGCAUACUUUAUAA